CAGGGACGCGUGCGCGCACCCAGCAUUCUGCGCGAGCCAGGGGCAGGCGGAGGGGACGCGAGCAGACUGCACGCCGCCCGCCGUGCCCAGCCAGCCAGCCCGAGCCAGGCAGCCAGCGAGCGCCAGUGGAGCCCGCGUGGAGGGAGCCGCCGGCUGAGCCGCAAGAUGAACACCCUGCUGUCGCGGGCGAACUCGCUGUUCGCCUUCACGCUGAGCGUCAUGGCGGCGCUCACCUUGGGCUGCAUCCUCACCACCGCCUUCAAAGACAGAAGCGCGCCUGUGCGCCUGCACGUCUCCAGGAUCCUGCUCAAAAAAGUGGAAGACUUCACCGGACCCAGGAAAAAAAGCGACCUGGGCUUCAUCACGUUCCACAUCUCUGCGGAUUUGGAGAAGACUUUCGACUGGAACGUCAAGCAGCUCUUCCUGUACCUCUCGGCAGAAUAUUCCACGAAAAGCAACGCUGUGAACCAGGUGGUCCUCUGGGACAAGAUCCUUCUGCGAGGCGAGAACCCCAAGCUGGACCUGAAAGAUGUCAAAAGCAAGUAUUUUUUCUUUGACGACGGGCACGGUCUCAAGGGAAACAGGAAUGUCACUUUGACUCUGUCCUGGCAAGUUAUCCCGAUUGCUGGGAUUCUGCCUCUUGUGACUGGAUCUGGACGCGUGUCUGUCCCAUUUCCGGACUCGUAUGAAAUUGCCACGACUUUUUGAAGAACUCUCUCUGCGUCUGAAAAGGACAUCUGAGUACUUAAGGAAUCAUAUUUCUUUCAUCUUUUCCCUCCCGUCUUGCUGACUUCUUUUGUGUUUUGUUUCUUUAGGAUGUGCUGUUUUUGUGUCUGGGACUGGCUGAGCUCCUCAUCCUCAUGCUUCCUUCCAUUUAUCUAACAUAGAGACUGCAUUCAUGGAUCUUACUGUGACAGUGGUUGUUAUGUUUUCUUUUGUAUAAGAAUUAACAUCAAAUUGUGUAGUUGGAGGGAAGGACUGAUAGAGUACUGGAACAUUAUUGUACAAACAAAACAACAAAAGAAGUUCACCAGAGCAGAAUAUUAUCAGACAAUUGCAUAAUAA